GGGCGACUUCCCUCUCCAUUUCGAACGUGAGUCAGACCUAUAUUUAUCAAUCCUACGCGCACACCACGAACCAUAGUGUGAUACAAUCUUUUCACGGAUCACAGGCGUCAACUUUGGCCAAAUGGCAAAGGGAUAGUCCCCCCCCAGCGUCGAAAAUGGGUCUUACCACCAUCUUGCGCGGCUUCAAAGUCCCCAUCGCCGUCCUCGACCGCUUCCUCGUGUCCAAUGGCGUGGAGGAGACGUACGGCAUCCCCCCCAGCUUGCUUCGUAUCCCCGGCUCGAGCGUUCCGCCGCUGGACGCCCAGGCGACCUUUCUACGCGCCAAGCUGGCCGCCGCGGGCGACGCCAACUCGACGGCACGCAUCUUCAUCCCGCAGACACAGGGCCAAGCCCGGUCGAGCUACGGCUACGUGGCCUACGCCUAUGUCAUGAUCUUUAGCCAGCGCAGGAUCGACCUCGCGGCCGAGCUGCCCGACCAAGCCCCACCGGGCUUUGCGGAGCUGCGGCGCGAGAUUCUGGCUUGUGCCGAGGAGGGAGAGCAGGCGUUGCUGCAGGUGGCCGGCAUGCAUGGCGGCGAGGGAGAAGAUGACGCGAGCCUGUUGUAUAUCGUCCUCACCGACGAACGCGAGUUUCCGUUUUCGCGGCCGUUUAUGCGAGAGUCUGACCUCCGUUGCGACUACUGCGCCGCGGUUUUCGACUGUUGGUUCGACUUGCAGAACCACCGGAGCGACGCGCAUGGAGUGAAAGUGCUGAACUUACUUCCUGAUGACUUCUAAUUGAUCUGCUGUCCACGCUGUAGCUUAUCUCCGGCGGAUGUCAGUGUAUUGAAUCAUGCCCUUCGUAGCAGCGGUGACCUUCACCCACCAAGUGAAAGUCGGCUACAAGUCAAACUCGCAUCAGUAAUAAUUAUGGGCUUAGAGCCUUAACCGGGAAAGGAUAUGGGUCUCGCCUCUUUGUGACCGGUA